AUGGCGAGCUCUAAGGAUUGCAGACGGGGACCGCGUUACAUGUUCGCUCGCAACUUCCGCAAGUACAAAGUUGAGAAUCUCUCCACCUACCACACUCAAUGCAAGCGUGGGAAAUCUUGUCAAUAUCAAGACCAUAGGAUCCUUUCAAAAGGGUAUGCCAUUCAAGGCCUAUUGCGAAAGACCGUGAGAGUCUUCAUCAUCACCAGAGGAGCUAUUGGAAUGAUUGCCCACAAAAGAUUUUGCGGAAACAUUUAUCUCAAAAGAAUCCACAGCAGCAUGGAGCACAUCAAGCCAUCAAAGUGCAAGAGUCAUUUCUGGAACCACGUCAAGCACACCGACACGAAGAGAAAAGCCGCAAAAACUACCAGACAACCAGUUCCAGCUUUGAAGAGACUCUCAGUUGCACCUGACGCACCUGAAGCUUAUCCGCAAGGACCGGGAGCACCUGGAGCUUAUUCACAAGUACUUGGAGGACCUGGAGCAUAUCCGCAAGGGCUAGGAGUGCAUCUAUUACUAUUAUUAUCUAUGCCCGGAAUGCCAGGAGGGAAUUCGGAAGGUCCGCCUCAGCAACGUCAACAACGCCUUGAUUCCAACAUGAUGCCGAUUGCUGUCCAAGUUAUUAAUGAUGAUUUGACACGUGCUGGAGUUUUCCCUUGUUUCCACAUUUUAUUUUGCCCAAGAUCCCAGGAAAUUAAAAUAGAUUGCUCGGAGGUGCGCCCAAGUUUGAAGGUUAAAUAUGACAAACUCCAAGGAUAUCAGGCGCGGAACGCGUUUCACGUUGGCUCGCCACUUCCACAAGGAAAAGUUGGACAUCUCUCCACAUGCUACACGCAAUACAAGCGUGGGGAUCUUGUCGAUAUCAAGAGCAACGAAGCUGUUCAAAAGGAUGAGCCUGGAAGUCUUCGAAAUCAAACCGUCAUUGUGGAACUUCCAUCCAAGAUUCAUCCCCCACCAAAAAAUCUUUGCGGAGCAUCUCCUGGUUUCGCGACCACUCAUGAUUUCAUCGCUGCAAUGAAACCGUAG